AGCUGCUUUACAUUUUUUUCUAUUUUAAAGAGUUGAAUUUGUGAAUUUACUAUAUACCUCCAAUAACCUUUGUUGAGAGCUAGGAAGCUAGCAAGGAGGAAAUGAGUCGCCGUGUUUCAUUUGCCUCAGAUAAGCAUCAAAAAGGGAAUGCUCCCAUCAACAUUUCGCCUGCUCGUGGUUCUACCGUGAUAAUGCAUCGACUCUCCGUAUAUAUCCCUCAUUUAAUAUCCCCAAUUCAUUCGACAAAAAAGCUUAUCGUUGAAAUCAACAGCCAUGUAGCCUUGUUCCGUGAUAAAUUAAUACUGGUUGGCCAAUCAAGGGAUUGCCCUGAGCUGCGAGAAAAAAUACGAAAAUUGCGCCGAAUUUGCGUUGAUACUUGUAAGCACACAGGACAAAUAAUAUUGCCGCAAGUGAAAAGUGCAAUGGAGGACGGUAUGUUGGCUGAAAACCCAAACUUAGUUUUAUUGUUCUACUUAGUACAGCUAUUUUUACGUGAACUGCUAAAGAGUUAUCGGCUGGUUCAAGUGGUGCCAAUGGAUAUGUCUGGCUAUUACGAAAAUCGUGCUGGACCAUCAAAUCUGGGAAACGUUAUGAGUCAAAUUUUGCUGUGCAAACAAAUAACACCCGAUUUCAAUCAGGAAGAACUGUGCAGUAUAGCAAAAGACUCUCACGAAAUCGGGAUGCUACUCACAGAACUGCAAGAAUAUAUGCCACAGAACGAACCCUAUCUUGAACGCAAUGCAGCCAUGGACUCCGAUGUAUUGCGGCCUUUCAAACAAGAACGGAAUUAUACCCACAAAAAUAUUAGCUUGCUCUGUUGCGUGUCACGACCGAGUUAUCUGUGAAGGAAA